UGGAACAUAACGAAUAGGAAACGGUGUUCUUGGAAGAAAAAAUAAAAAUAAAGUUAGUUGAUAGGUAUAUAGAAAGAGAGAGACUAGUUUACAUUUUGUGCACUUGGUGAGGUGAUCUCUGUGAGAUCUUUGAUAAAUCGAGACACCGGCGGAUCUUAAGUAAGAAUUACCCGUUAAAAGGCGGAGCACAAGAUUCGUACCUUCUACCAAUGAAAAUGAAGACAUCGUGGAUUCUUUGUGGCCUUUUUCUUAUAGGUUCACUAACCACAAUAAAUGGGAUCGAAGGAAGUGAUGCUGAGGAAACGCUGAUCAGUGGUGCCAUUGAUUCUGGGAUCAUAUCAACUUUUAUCCCAGAUACCCAAAGUUCUGGCUACAUGUUAGCCUAUCCUUUGGAUGAAGCAUUAGGAGAGAAGCAGGAGGAGGAUGACCACUACUUGACAGCAGAAUCUUUUCAAAGUUAUCCAGUAAUUGCUAAAACCCAAAGUCUUGAUCCUAAACAAGAAACAUUAAAAGAAGCAAGCUCUGAUGACAAAGACAAACAGGAUGACAAAAUUGAUGAGCCUUUAUACAUGAUUGGCCCCGACGUGGAGGAGGUAUCGGAGAAAGCUGAAAAUAUAUCACUUGAAGAAGAAACUGUAAACACAGGCGGUAUGGGGGAUGAUGCGAAAAUACCAUUCUAUAAUCUUCCUUUAUCUUCCGAAGAAAACAAUACUCCAAUCCAAACUGAACCUCAAAACGAGCGACGACUUAAAACAGAAGAUUUACGUAAUAUUCUCGGCUUGGAGCCAACAACUAUUCCUCUUUACAGAAAGCCCAAACCUAUUUCAGAGAAUAAACCAAGGUCAUUUCGUUUUCUCCUGUUUAUUCAAAGUACAGCCACAAACAGCAGCAACCUUUCGUUCCAUUAUCCCUAAGAAUUGACAAUAAAUUGCCUCCUCAGUUUCCAUCUCCAAAAGUGGAAGGGUCCAUGCUAAUGAGGCGUGCUUUGAUUCUUGGUAGUGGAUUAAACCAAAAUAUACAGAGACAGCCUGAACAGAACAAUGAGGAUAUUUUCGUCGUCGCAUCAAACACCAACUCGGAGAAAAGAAAUGCGUUUUCCACAGAUCCUUAUCUCCAACCUUUACCUCGUUUUCAUCCAAACUCCAUCAGAAAAACAUGUAUUGGGGCGAUGCGUAAUCCAGCAUUUUUUCGCCGUCAAUUUAAACAAAAACCUAUUAGAAGACCACACUUCCAAAUGAAACCUAAUCUAGUUUAUUCCAAACCGAAUAGACAUUUGAUUUAUGCUGAAUCUGAUUAUUCUGCUGCACCAUUUUCCCCCACAGCUCCUCCUAUAUCUUUCAAGCAACAAAAGAUUGGACCUUUUGAUCCUUCAUAUACAAAACCUUAUCCACCUUUUCAGUCUAUUUUGAUGCAUCUAGGAUACCCUCAACGUUCAUCGCGUCUGCAAUAUCCUCAAAGACCUCAUCCGGUCUACAAGCCACAAGGAAAAGCGUACUACUCUCACCUUUUUCAACCUACUGCUGCUCAGUCUGUAUUUUUAAAUCAAGUACAAAAUAAUCGACCAGCACCUUUUCAUCAACAACCCUUUUCCUACAGGUACCCUUUUCCAGUUUCAUUUUCUCAUGGUAAACCUAACAUACUUCCUAUUUCAUAUCCUAAUAUGAUACAAGAUGAAAGAAGUAAUUCAGUACAGUUCCAAGAACUUCGUUUUUUGGAUGAUCAGGAAUCAAUGCCAAGGAUGUUGAAUUCCCAACCAAUUAUUUCUGAAUCUCAAUAUUCUCCAGCACCAAGAACUGUUAUGUCUCAACUCGGAUAUUAUGGUACUACAGUACAAGAUCAAUCAAAACAACAAAUAGUGCCAGUUUUUGUUCCUGUUCCAAUUCCUGUACCAGUAGCUGUAGCUGAUCCACGUCCUUUGUCAGAGGAAGAAUCUCAAGGACAGCAACUGAUUCCCUUCUACCUUCAAGACCCGUACUCUGAAGAAACUCAUCCAAAAGACCAAGAACACGACAUGAUGAUGAUAUAUAAUGAAAGACAAAGGCCGGAAAUUCUUCAGUCUCCACGUCUCGUGGCAUCAGAGAAAAGGCCAAUUACCAAACAUUUCUCUUCCGAAGAGGUUCUGGAAAAGAUGAGGAUGCUUAGACAGCUUAUUUUGGGGAAAUAUUUCCCCAACCCCAUUACUGAAAUGGAUUACAUUCCUUCGAAAGAAAGUACAACUUCUGCAGAGAUAAAAAGUGAGAUGAUUGAAAUGUUUGUACCCUUUUCUUCUCAAUAAUAAUAAAACAAAAUUGAUGCCUUAUCCAUACACUGCUCUACUGAAAACUAACUGAUUUUAUUAGAUAAGCGUUUAAACAUUUAUAUAAAAGUGCACUUCUUUCUUCAUGUUUACCAUCUACAGCUCAACAUAUUUUGAGAAUAAAUACUCAAUUCUAAUACAGUAAGACCCCGCUUUAAGCUGAUAC